AGAUGCACUUGCUACUAGCUAGUUAAUUUCUUCAUUUAUCAUUGGAUAAAAUGGAGGGGGAGAAAAAAAAAAGAAAGGAAAAAAUGUUCUUCACUGUAAUUGUUUCUCCGCAUUUAUAAAUGGCUUAGAGUCCGUACGUGAAUUAUUAUUCCAAUUCACCACACCCGCACAUUAUAUUGGUUAAUUUCUCUGCACUUUUCAUAUAUUUUUAAUCCAAAAUGGAGGUUGGAAGUGUGCUCCAGUUUCUUGAGGACAAGACCAUUUUAGUGAUUGGAGCCACAGGCUUUCUAGCCAAAAUUUUUCUCGAGAAGAUAUUAAGGGUUCAACCAAAUAUUAAGAAGGUUUUUCUUCUCUUAAGAGCCAGAGACGCCGAAUCUGCUGCUCAUCGCUUGCAUAAUGAGAUCUUAGGAAAGGACUUGUUUAAUUUGCUAAAAGAAAAGAUGGGUACAAAUUUUGAGCCCUUUAUAUCAGAAAAAUUGACAGCGGUUCCUGGGGACAUUUCUCGUGAGGAGUUGGGUUUGAAGAAUGAUUUGAUCCUAAAGGAAGAGAUUUGCAAUCAAGUAGAUGUUAUUGUUAAUGCAGCUGCAACCACUAGGUUUGACGAAAGAUAUGACAUCGCGUUAGACCAAAAUGUCUUCGGAGUGAAGCAGAUCAUAAACUUUGCCAAAAAAUGUAGCAAACUGAAAGUGCUGGUCCACCUGUCAACAGCUUAUGUAUGCGGUGAGAAAGGUGGACUCAUAUUAGAGACCCCAUAUAACUUCAAAGAUGUGCCUGGAUUAGACAUUGAUGCUGAAAAGAGAUUGGUGUGUGACAAAUUAGAUGAGCUACAGAAGCAAGGGGCCACACAGAAACAAAUCACAAUAGCUAUGAAGGACCUUGGUAUUAGCAGGGCAAAGGUGUAUGGGUGGCCGAAUCCAUAUGUAUUUACAAAGGCAAUAGGAGAGAUGCUUGUGGAAGAAAUGAAAGGAAAUUUAUCCGUUGUCAUUAUGCGUCCUGCCAUCGUUACAAGUACAAUCAAAGAACCUUUUCCGGGAUGGGUUGAAGGUGUAAGAACCAUUGAUAGUUUAGCUGUUGCUUAUGGAAAGGGAAACUUAACAUGCUUUCUUGGAAAUAUCAAUGGAGUUGUAGAUGUGAUUCCAGGAGACAUUGUGGUGAAUGCAAUAUUAGUAGCAAUGGUGGCUCAUGCUGAUCAUCCAAGUGAGAAUGCCAUAUAUCAUUUGUGUUCCUCACUUGGAAAUCCCAUUAGAUAUAUCAAUCUCCAAGACUAUGCAAUCAGGUACUUCACAUCAAAACCUUGGAUAAACAAAGAUGGAAAACCUAUCAAGGUUGCCAAAAUUACCGUCUUUACCAACAUGGAAAGCUUCCGGAGAUAUCUCUUCAUUCACUACCUCAUUUGGUUGAAGGGACUUGAACUAGCCAAUUUAGCAUUUUGCAAGUAUUUUGAGAGAACAUAUCAAGACAUGAAUAAGAAGAUCCAAACUGUGAUGCGCUUGGUGGAGCUUUAUAGGCCAUACUUGUUCUUCAAUGGCAUAUUUGAUGAUAUGAACACUGAGAAAUUGCGAUUGGCAGCAAGACAAGGAGGGACAGAGACAGAUUUGUUUUACUUUGAUCCUAAAGUGAUUGAUUGGGAUGAUUACGCUAUGAACAGUCAUCUCCCAGGCAUCGUCAAGUAUAUUUUCAAGUGAUGAUUCCCUAUCUAAUAUGUACUACUAUGCUCUAAAUUCAAGUAAUAAACUAUAAUAUAUCAUGUAGUUUAACUGUUUAAGUGUAAUGGACUAAUGGGUAUAAGCUACCUGCCAAAAUAAAUUUGAAAACUUUGAUCUAGUGUAUUAAUAUUAGGCCAAAUAUAUAUGACUAUGUUAACACUACCAUUCAAUAAU